GGCAAUGAGGAGGAGGGCUUAGACGUCAACGGCAACGACAACAACGAGAACGGAGAGAAGGAUUCGAACCACCUGAGCCGGCAGCCCAGCUCGCGGAGUCGCAGGUCGUACAGGAAGGAAGGGAGCCCCGGGGAGCACCACGUCCGUCUGGACCUGAGCCCGGAGCACACGUCGCCCGGCGAGUACAGGAACAGUCACAAGAUACCGUUCCGUGUGAUCUGCCACAAGAUCUGCAACCACUCGUACUUCGGCAACGUGGUCCUGGCCUGUAUCCUCAUCUCUAGUGCCAUGUUGGCCGCUGAAGAUCCCCUGCGGAGCGAGUCGCAGCGCAACCAGAUCCUCAACAAGUUUGACUACUUCUUCACCUCUGUCUUCACCAUUGAAAUCAUCAUCAAGAUCAUCACGUACGGCCUCCUGCUCCACAAAGGCUCCUUCUGCCGCAGUCUCUUUAACAUGCUGGAUCUGGUGGUCGUCGCCGUCUCCCUCAUCUCCUUCCCGCUUGACACGUGGUCCAGUGCGUGAUCGUGGCCUUGAAGACCAUCUAUAACAUCAUCUUGGUCACCCUGAUCCUCAACUUCAUGUUCGCCGUCAUGGGCGUGCAGCUCUUCAAGGGGAGAGUUCAUUACGUACAUGGGCGGGGACUACAACGCCCCCCAGGUGGAGCCCCGCGAGUGGAUCAAGAAUGACUUCAACUUUGACGAUGUCAUGAACGGCAUGCUCACCCUGUUUGUCGUCUCCACCUUCGAGGGCUGGCCCGGACUCCUGUACAACCCGGCAAAGCCUUCAUCUCCAGUAACUUUUUCCGGCUGUUCCGCGUGAUGAGACUGAUCAAGCUGCUGAGCCGAGGGGAGGGGAUUCGAACCCUGCUCUGGACCUUCAUCAAGUCUUUUCAGGUGUUUGGCAGGAUCAAACUGGACUACGAAACCCAGAUCCAGCCCAACAAUCACUUCCAGACGUUUGCCCAUGCGGUGCUGGUGUUGUUCCGCUCGGCGACGGGCGAGGCCUGGCAGGACAUCAUGCUGGCGUGCUCGGGCAAGGACGACGUCCUGUGUGACCCCUCGGCCGACCCCGCCGCGGGCUACAAGGCCAACAGCACCGGGCCGCCGCCCUCCUGCGGCAACGACUUUGCCUACUUCUAUUUCAUCACCUUCUACUUCCUCUGCUCUUUCCUGAGACUGGUCAGCAUGAACAUGCCCCUCAACAGCGACGGAACGGUCAUGUUCAACGCCACGCUGUUCGCCCUGGUGCGCACGUCUCUCAAAAUCAAAACGGAGGGCAACAUAGACACGGCCAACGAGGAACUGCGAGCGGUAAUCAAAAGGAUCUGGAAACGAACCAGCACCAAGCUGCUGGACCAAGUUGUCCCCCCUGCAGGGGACGACGACGUGACGGUGGGCAAGUUCUACGCCACCUUCCUCAUACAGGACUACUUCCGCCGCUUCAAGAAGAGGAAGGAGCAGAUGGUCAAGAUACAGAAGGGUCAGGAACACACCAACGCCCUGCAGCUGUCAGCACUGCUGCUACCGAGAUGUUAGGGAUGAACGGCAACAUUGGAAGUGUCUCCUCAUGUAAUCACCUCAACCAGGAUUCGAACCAUUCGCCAUCUGCACCUCAGACCUUGACAGCUACGCAGGACGACACCCCGAGGCGGCCCAGCAAAACCAGUGAGUCGCCGGUCAAAGUGGAGCCUGAUGAGCCAAGCUUCCACGACGCUGAGGAACCAGAGGAGGAGGAAGAGGAGGAGGAGGAAGAGGAUGAGGAGUUUGUGGAAGACGAGGGAGAGGAAGUAGGGAGGAAGGGCGAGGAGAGGAGGGAGCCGGAGCGGGAGGACAGAGAAGACAAGGAGCGAGCGAUGGAGCGGUCGGAACGAGAGAAGAAGGAAGCAGAGAGGGGUUGCGGGGAGGGCACGGAGCUGGACUCGGUGGUUUCCCCGUCCCUCAGCCCCUCUCGCAGGGCUGGAGACUCGAACCCCGUGCAUCCCGCCAUUCCAAACAACCCUGGUGCUAGCCCCAACACCAAGAAACAUGGCAUCUACGUUUAUAGAGACGUGCCUCAAGAGGACAGCGACUUUGAGCGGGAGCAGACGCCGCCCACCCCCCCGCCCCGGCGACUCAGUCGGAAGGGCGCGUCCUUCAAGCUGGGCUGUAUCGGCAAACAGGGCAGCGAUGAGAACCCUUUGAUGAGGAGACCUGGACAGCCCCUGAGGGUACCGCACAACAAUCAGGGUAUGGCCCCAGCCACUGUGCCGGACCGUGUGGUCAGUUACCCGCCAGAGCCACAGGUCUCCCCGCCCUCCCCUCCCCCCGCCGCCCGCACACACCUCUCUCCAGGAGGCCGGUUAGUGAACUUCCUCCGAAGUCUGGGUCGUCGGAGAGAGAGAGGUGGUGACUCAUGGGAAGAGCCGCGACUACAGCACCGCCACAGCGACUCGUCCGCCCUCCCGGACUUGUCCGGCCACCUCCACCGCGCGCCCGACCGCGGGCCCCUCCUCAUCCCCAACGCCGUCCAGCAGCAGCAGCAGCAGCUACAGCAACAGCAGCUACAGCAACAGCUACAACAGCAGCUUGUACCGCGCUCCCUACAGCACAGGAGGAGCAGUGCCGAGACUCUGGUAGCCAAGGUACUCCAGGACGAGGGCCUCAACAGGUACGUGGACCCCCAGUGUCUACAGCGCGAGAUCGCCGAGGCCACCAACAUGACCCCAGAAGAGAUGAACCUCGCAGCAAGGGAGAUAAUUCGACGUUCUCGCAACCUGGAGCCCGGCUACCACCCCAAGGACAGUGGGACUGGUGGUGGCGGCGGCGGAGGCAUGGGAUCCGAACCCCCUCCCCGCUAUAGCCGGUCUCCGCCAGGCCAGCAUGAGCUGCAAGAGCGGGGCCGGCCGGCGUCUUCGGACUCCCUCGACAGGAACCCCAUGGUAUGACCGACGUGCCCAGAGCUCCAGUAAUAGUACUUCCUGACUUUCCCUGAUUUUGCCCUCCUUUUGGCGCAAGUUUUUUGCGGCGCGGGCUCUGGACACCCAACAUGGCCGCCACGGAGAGAGAGGAGCGAGCGAGCGAGUGGCCAGACGCCCACUGGUAGGUCUGUCUCGCCGCCGCUGACGUCAUCACCGCUGGCCACCUGCGGCCCUGAGGGCAACUGUUGCCAGUGUGGCCGUCUGCUCCUCCUCGUCUGUUCGGCUGGGAGGAGGGAGAGCUUACUUUGUGUACCUGGCAACUUCCUCCGUCUGCUGGUGUCUGCGAGCAGACGUCCCAUGGUGGCUCCAGGACCAUGUUGUUUCU